AUGUCGACAAAAGCAAAGUUGACGCUGGCUGCCACGUCGCUUGGUGCCAUUGGUAUCAUCGUCUUCGUUCACCAUGGACAAAAGGUCGAGAAAGCCUCCCGCCUGCCUGACUGUCAACGCAAAAUCUCCACUCCCACAAUCACCUCUUCUGCUGCCUAUACGCCGAUAGACCCAGACCUGUCUGCUGCUGCCGAAACCACCCGCUUCCUGGCCAAGCCUCUUGAUCCGAUUGGGCUUCGUGAAUCGCCUCAACUGGAAACCGCCAUACCAGCAGACCCGUGCAUGCUAGACUGCAUGGAAGAACACCCGUGA